GUACUGUGUAUGAUCACAGCUCCAGUCACCAUGAUUCUGUCCUCCCAGCAGGAUGCCUCUUUCGCCUUCGCCUCUUUAGCCAUUGUCUUCUCAGUCUACAUCACCCUGGUGGUUCUGUUUGUCCCCAAGAUGCGGCGCCUGAUAACACGUGGUGAGUGGCAGUCAGAUGCCCAGGAGACCAUGAAGACAGGUUCAUCCACCAAUAACAAUGACGAGGAGAAGUCCAGACAACUAGAGAGAGAGAACAAGGAACUGCAGAAGAUCAUCCAGGAGAAAGAAGAACGUGUGUCAGAGCUGAGGAACCAGCUGUCUGAGAGACAGGCCCUGCGUUCAAGGAGAAGAGCGUCCACCAUCACUAAUCAGAACCACAGCCCCCCUCCCUUUUCCAUCACCCAGAGUGACCCCAGGUCGUUGGCCCCUCCUCCAGGAUACCCAGCGCCUGCCUCUGACCCUCAUCCUGUUCCACAGUCCUUCGCCAACUCGUCCAGCCUCUACCAGUCAGACAGCAAGAUCAGUCGAAAUAAGUGUCACACUAGCCGGCUUCAGCUACUCUACAAGUAAGAUGGUGGUUAACAGUGACAGGAUGAGGAUAGUAAUACAAGUUUGAAAAAUAAAUAAAUAUCUAAGGUUUAAAAUGAAGAUUAAAAAAAAGGUAAAGGAUUUUCCCUCAGACAGAAAUGAGUGCAGCAAAAUAUGUUCCAGUCAAGCAACAGCUCAAUAAAAACACUGAGAAGGCACAUACACAGAUAUACACCCUGUGAUAGCACAUGUACUUUUGAUUAAUUUGAUUGAGGCAUGAGCAGCGUCUUUAAAUGUCCCCUGGCUUUGAGGUCAGUUUACCACUACUACUACAACUUGAAAACAGUAGAGCGGCUGUAGCUCAAGAUGUAGACUGGGUCAUCCACCCGUUGGAAGAUUGGUACUUCUGUGCUUGGCUCCUCCAGACAUCAAAGAAUCCUUGACCAAGAUCCUGAGUUGCCCCAAAGGCAUCCAUCACAGUAUGAGGUAAACAGCACUUAGUCAUAGAAAAAAGUGCUUAAAUGAAUGUGUGCAAAUGGGUGAAUAAGGGUUGUAGUAAGGAAGCACUUUGAGUGUUCAAAUACAGUAGAAAAAUGCUAUGUGUACCAGUCCAGUAUUUUCUAAGCUGAUCUCUGCUGGAUUUGUUUUUGAUUUAUUGUUCUGGAUAAAUUUCCUCCCAAAUUUGUAACUGGUCUGUUCUCUAUUAGAUUUAAAUGGUAGCCUACAAAACUAGCGAGGUUAGUUUAGACAGGGCGCCUUAGGAUUGAAUCAAAUAAAUUAUAGUUUUAAACCUGUCCUGGUGCUCACUGUUUGGUGAAAGAGGAGCAGAGGUCUGUCCAAGAAAUCUGUCUUCCAGUUUUGAUGAGUGAAAUUUUAUUAUUUCAUUAGUAUGUUGCUUAGUACUAAUUAGCAGGUAUCCACAGUAUCUGCCCAGUGCACCAAUAUAGUUAGUGGUUGCAGUUUGCUAACCAGGCAAGAGAUGGCUAAUAAGCCCCACUUUUAAUAACAUGCUGGUGAGUGGCUGCAUCCAUCAUUGUUAUUACACUUUCAAACUGGUUGGGUUUAUAUAGAGAGUGGUAGAGUUGUAGAACAACAAAAUUCCCAGAAGACUAGGCUAUUUGUGUUAUAAGCAAGAUAGACAUAAUUAUAGCCUACAUACAUACUUGCAUUCUACAUUUGUUCCCCAGUGAUAAUAUCUUUGAGCAAACCAAAAGACUGUGUGUACAGACUUUUAUGGCUGUGGUGUGCAUUGCUACAAUGUGUAACUAAAUUUCUGUGUACUAGAUUUAAUGCAGAAGUACAAAUCAAGUUGAACAUUGCAUACAACGGUAUUUUCAGCAGUGACAGGUUUACUAUCAAAAUUCAAAGUAAUCAUUUAUGAAACAAGAAGAAGAGCAUUCUGUCUGCGAUGACCAUAAGAACAACAGCUGCCACUGACACUGAACACUGAAGUUAGACCAAUGAGAGUUUCUUUAGCUGAAUCAUUUAAAAAACUAGAAACAUAUAAAAGGCGCUUUGAUAUGCAGACAGUUAUCAGCAUGCCUAUUAUGCUGAUGUUCACAGAUUCAUGAUAAAGCUGCUGACCUAGGCAUGAUAGUCAGCAUCCCCCACUGGUGUAUGUAAUAGACAUAGUGUCAGGUGGACCCAGGUGGCAGAUCACUCAGACAGACACGGUUGCAGUUAAACAGGUUUGUUUACAGUGAGGACGAAUAUCAAACAUAACACUUGCAUGAGAUUGAAUGGAAAACUCAAACUAUCCAGAGGGGGAAGAGGAGAAAAGGAAGUUAGUGACCGAUAGCAACAGAGCUGAGGAGAUACGGAAAUGUUCACAAGGAAUUAGAGAGCUUAGUCGCCACACGGUUAGUACGGACUUGGGCGAGGUACAUAAAACAGGAGGUUGAGGCGGGGACCAGCAACAGUGUAGGCGAGUGGAGUGACGGGGUCCAGAAGAGAUGAACUGAGGUAGCACGGUGAAGUGGACAGGUGGUUGGCUGGGCAGAGAGUGUCGUCAUUUGACAGGAAGCAGAGGAGAAGGAAAUCUGUGAAUACCUUGGUUAUCAAAGUAGUACAUAAAAGACGGGUGAUCCGUUACUGCUUGAGGCUAAGACAAUAAUCUGACACCUGAGAGCUGCUUCUUAAAUAGUCCGGCUGAUGACGCCUGAUGCUCAAAGGGUGCAUCAGGGAAACCGUGAUGAUCACAGCCCAGCGGCCUAUUCCAAAAAAGGAAACGACACAAAACACAAUAGAACACACCCGUCCCAGCUCCUAACACAUAAAACGUGCACAAAACUUACAGUACAUCAUUAUUAUUAUUCAUAAAAUUACUAUUUUAUUUAAAUAUUUUAAGGAAAAUGCAGGCUAGAGGGUCUCAGUUCAUACAGGGCACAUUUAAGACACUUUUAAAUCACAGUUUAAAAAAUAAUCAAAUGCCGCAACAACAGCCUAGCAAUCAUUUAGAACUCAUAAUAUGGUCUUCUAAUGUGGUUAAAUAGUGAUUUAAGAGACUGACUAAAAAAUAUGAUUUUCUUUUUAAAUAAAUGUUGCACAUUUUGUUAGUGGUUAUGUUCAUUAUUUAAUUAGCUUUGUCACUGUAGCUCUUCUGGUUAAAUGUUUGGUGGUGGUUUAAACAGUGUUCCUGGUCGCUGUUUAGAGAGAAUCCAUAGUUGGGUGUGUUCAUGCUAAACCCCUCUCUGUCACUUGAAGACGUUUAACAUGUCUUCAAGAGUUUAAAAUUAGAGUCAAACAAAAUAAGACCUCAAAAUGUUUUAUUUAAACUAAAUUUGCUGUAGGAAUUACAUUUGCAGAUCUUAUGUUUAAGGCUGUAAAAUACAACAUGACCAAUUUUUAAAUCAGUUUUUAGACCUUUUUUCUAGUUGCUUAAUAUUGUUGCUGCUUAUUUAUGUCACGAGCAUAUAUUUCUUUUAGGAUGUAAUUACACUGUCCUAUACACUUGGGGGUGCUAAUGUCAUGAUUUGUUGUGUUUUACUGUUCCACUGGCAAGUUUACAGCAGCAUGUAGUACACGGACACCCAUCUUAGGACAGGAUGGGUGUCAGCUAAACAUAUGAAUUGAAAAAACAUCAUAACAUUUAUCUGGUUCUGUUGUGAACAUUUUCUACCAGUUUUGCCUUUUUCUGUUUGGAGAAAUGACAAUUGGUGUUGAAUUCAAACUGCAAGCUUGAAGGAAAUAUGUCAACUACAGAAUGGUUAAUUAUAAUAAACGCAGUAGCUACAUGUAAUACCAGACUAGCUUUCAAUUAAAAAUGGUAAGCCUGUUGACUAUAUGGCCAGCAGUGUAUUUCAGACAACUCCAAUGAACAGUUCCUGUCACCUUGUUUUUAAAGCUCAAAGCAGAGUUCACUGCAGGCCAUUCAAUUCAGUUCAAUUCAAUUUUAUUUACACAGCGCCAAAUCACAACAACAGUCACCUCAAGGCGCUUUAUAUUGUAAGGUAGACCCUACAAUAAUA